ACAAAAUGAAUGACAGUUGUUGUUUGUAUGAGAGGGAAAAGCGUGUAUUUCUGAUAAUUUUUCAUGAAAUUUUGGUAAAUCUUAGUUAAAAGUGCAUCAACAAUGGCUCUUGUUUGUGCAAUAUCCAAUGAAGUCCCGGAAGCCCCUGUGGUGUCCCCCACGUCCGGGGCGGUGUUCGAGAAGCGAAUAAUUGAAAAAUAUAUCAUAGAAAAUGGAGUCGACCCCAUCAGUGGCAAGGAACUGCGGGUUGAAGAUCUUAUUGAAAUCAAAACACCACCAAUAGUGAAGCCGAAGCCGCCGAGUGCCACCUCCAUCCCGGCCACGCUCAAGAGCAUGCAGGACGAGUGGGACGCGCUCAUGCUGCACACCUUCACCCAGCGCCAGCAGCUGCAGACUGCACGCCAGGAGCUGUCCCACGCGCUGUACCAGCACGACGCGGCGUGCCGCGUGAUCGCGCGCCUCACUAAGGAGGUGACGGCGGCGCGAGAGGCCCUGGCCACGCUCAAGCCGCAGGCCGGCGUCGCCGCGCCGCAGCCCGCCGCGCAUCCGACGGAACCAGCGGCAGGCGGCGGCGCGGCGGCGGUGGGCAUGUCGGCGGGCGUGGUGGCGCGCCUGCAGGAGCGGGCCACGGCGCUCACGCAGGAGCGCAAGCGCCGCGGCCGCUCCGUGCCCGAGGGGCUGCUGCCGCCCGACCAGCUGCGCAACACCGUCACGCUGGCUAGCCAUCCCGGUCUCCACUCAGCCAGUGUGCCGGGCAUCCUGGCGCUGGACAUCAACCCGUCGGACCACAGCAAGCUGCUGACGGGCGGCAACGACCGCAACGCCACCGUGUUCAACAAGGACACCGAGCAGGUCGUCGCCAUCCUCAAGGGACAUACUAAGAAGGUCACGCGCGUCAUCUACCAUCCGGAUGAGGAUACGGUCAUUACUGCGUCGCCGGAUCAUACUAUACGUGUGUGGAACGUGCCUACUUCUCAGACGACGGUGGUGCUGCGCUCGCACGACGGGCCGGUGACGGGGCUCUCGCUGCACCCGACCGGGGACUACGUGCUGUCCACGUCCACCGACCAGCACUGGGCCUUCUCCGACAUACGCACCGGCACGCUGCUCACUAAGGUGAGCGACUCGAGCGGCGUGUCCCUCACGACGGCGCAGUUCCACCCCGACGGGCUGAUCUUCGGCACGGGCACGGAGAACUCGCAGGUCAAGAUCUGGGACCUCAAGGAGCAGAGCAACGUCGCCAACUUCCCCGGACACGUGGGGCCCGUCACGUCUAUUUCCUUCUCGGAGAACGGUUACUACCUGGCCACGGCGGCCGAGGACUCGUGCGUGAAGCUGUGGGACCUGCGCAAGCUGAAGAACUUCAAGAGCAUCCAGCUGGACGAGGGCUACGCCAUCAAGGAGCUCUGCUUCGACCAGAGCGGCACGUACCUGGCGGUCGCCGGCACGGAUGUCAGGGUCUACCUGUGCCGGCAGUGGCAGGAGCUGAAGGUGUUCAAUGACCACACGGCGUCGGCGACGGGAGUCAGGUUCGGGAAGAAUGCGCAGUAUAUAGCGUCUACUAGCAUGGAUCGGACGCUGAAGCUGUAUGGGUUGGAGUAGGGGGUUGCUGGUUUCAACACUUGGUGAUGCGUUUUGGUAGCAAGGAUGAAAAUGUAAGCUACGAUUUUGUAGCAGGAAGGUUGCAUUGUGAGUGCUGCAACAGUCUGUAAUGUUGUAUCGGCUAUUUGUUUCUAGAAUAUUCUACUAGAAGGUAUCACCGAGUGGUGAAAUACUCUUUUAUUCAUAGUCUUAUUAGUUUUAAGUUUUUAGAUAACACUAACCCACAAUGAAUUCCAAUGACUAAAGUUCCCAUUUAUUUCCCACUUAUAAUUUUAAGCACAGUUUAGUUUUUAACUGCGUGAAAUAUUUAAGAUAUAAUUAUUGUAAAAGUGAAUUAUUGCUGUAGAAGUCUACGAAGAUUUGAAGCUUGAUAAGAUAAAUAUAAGAUAGAAUAGAUAUAAACAUAUAACAGCAGUUAUCUUGUAAGAUUCUCCAAACGAAAGUCAUAUUAUCUAUCAACAAAAGGUUCCUUUAUAACACAAUAGUUUGCUGCAACAUUUACGAAUUAUGACUUGAAAAUAGUGUAAAAUUACCUGAUUGUCAAUGAAUAAACCGAUUUUCUUUGUAA